CCUUGGAAAUGUAAACACCCAAGCAGAUGGUGGCUUAAGCCAUGAGCUACUCAGGAUAAAUAAUGAACGAGAAGCUGGCAUUAUGGAUUCAACCGAUUCAGAAAAGUUUCUUCCACUGUACUUCUGCUCAACUUAACUCUGGAACUGAGUGAAUUUCUGACUUACGGCGCAGAAAAUCAACUACCAUGGGAUCUUUGGUUUCUACCUCACAGAACAACUGAGAUGAAAUCAAAUAUCUUCAGGUUUCUUUGAAGAAUACGUAAACCUAAAAAGUAAAAUUGAAUGAAAUGUGAGAGAUUGAUGGAUUAAUUGAUCCGCUAAGCAUUUUUGAGAGAGGAUCUGAACCAGAGGUAAUGACAGCAAGAGACUAUUGCAUCGAGGCCUGGGAGAACAAUACUUUAUUUCUGGCUGGUUCAGACAAACCAGUUUGCUUUCAGUUGUCUGAUUAGACUGGGAUAUUCCUGUUCCUUGGAUAUGAGCGGUUAAGAUGGAACCUUGGAGACUACGCCUACCAGUGGACAAAACCUCCCCAAGUCCUCAGCCAUGUGUCCCUGUUGAUCCUUCAAUCCAUGUUCCAUAUGGAUGGCAACUGAACGAUAUGCAAGAUGAAGCUAGUGCCCCCAUACAUAUCCCUCGGCCAGUAUUCAAUACAUUCAACUUUCAAAGGAGCCCAAGUGUUGAUAGUCUGAUGAAUCCACUGCCAAAUUACAACAUACCUUACCCACAAACAUACCUAGAAUCUCAGCAACACCAUAAUGAGUCAGCGAUGGGCAGUCAGAGAGUAGAGUAUGGGCAACUUGACACUGAGAAUCAGGGAACACAGGCAUCAGCUGAUGUACUAGAUGCUUGCAAUUUGAAAUCUCUGAAAGAAAACCCUUCUGAUCAGCAAGUUCCUUCAAACCAAGUAUGCGGUGGACAAGAUGGUUACCAUUUUCAGAGAAAUCCUGAAUGUGAGUAUGGAAUACCACACACCAAAACUGCCCCAUAUCCAAUUAGACCCGAGCAAGUGGCGAAUCCAGACGCAUUUAAUUGUGUUCCUCAUAUGCCAACACCAUUAUCACCCACCUUGGGGAAAAUGAGUGCCUUGUGGAGUGUUGACCAGUCUGCGUUUGAUCAGCCAUUGGCACCUAUUACAGCAGAAUCUUGCCAAUUUCCGCCCGAUCUACACUUUGUACAUCAGUUGAACAAUGAUCCAAAAUGGUUAACAGGGGGUUAUCACGAAGAUUCGACUGCACAGGUUCGAGAAGCCUUUCCACCUGCAACUUAUUCACCCAGCCAUUUUUGUCCAACUUUUAAAAUGAGCCCAAGUAAGGAACCAGAGCAACAUGUACAGUCAGGAGCUGUGACUAAUCCCUUCACAGAAACAUCGGACACUGAGGAAGAUUCCAGCGGCUUGAACUCAUCUCAGUUACCAAUUGGGUUUGAGGCACUGGGACAUUCCAGUAUAAACGUUCCUUCCCCAUCAGUCUCAGAUCCGCCACACAGUCAUGAAACAGAAAAUACUUUGAAUCGACCAUCACAGCCUUUGCUGCCAGGCUUGUUAAUGAAUUUUCCUCAGCCAGAUGUUCAGUUGGAGCCAUCGGUCUUUGGCUUUCCCAUCUCCAACCAACAGUUCUCACCUCAGCCUAGCACAAACACUUUUUCUACUUCUUUUGACUCGAAAGAUGAGCUGCUGCCUUUGGGGUAUCGCCAGGUACAUUUAAUACAUAAACCUGAGGGUAGCAAUGAGGAGUUUGCCAUCUUCAAUGACUUCUUAAAGCAGCUGAGAGCUAAACACCCGAGUUCUGACUUGCAGUCCAACCCUGGUCUGAUCACCAGUAUUGUCACAGCAUUUCCGGAGGACCUUCUCUGGGUCUGGCGUAUCCCUGUAACCAUUGUGUCAGAUGUUUUUACGGAGCCAAUACAAACAUUCCCAUACGCUGGCUCUACAGUCGAGGAGCUCAUUCACAUGACCUUGUGCAAUUCACAACAACAUCUUGAGGCCGACAAUGAUUACGUUUUAAAGCUCUGCGAUGCUGAAGAAGUUUUACAGAAUUCCUGUACUUUAGGGAGUCAUGAGUGCCUGCAGUUUUACGUGAAGCUUGGAAAAGACAUUAAGCUACAGCUGCUUAGACGCAGUCACCUUCAACGACUGUUGGCUCGAACGAAUAUGGAUGACCAGGAUCCAUCUGCACUUCAGUCUUUUGCCAUGGAAACUGGUGUCUGUAAAGUGGGCCUCUCCAGUAAAGUUCUGAGUUCAAAACUCAGUAGUUAUCAUGAUGAGCUGAAGAGUUUGUUGACCGGUCAGAACAGCACAAGUCGCAUUGUUGAGGAGGUUAAAGCCAUUUGCUACAUGCUUUAUUCAGUGGAAACCAAGGAAAUAACUGAUGCCAUCCAGGACCUGAAUUUGGUUGUCCAACAACAACAGACUUCAAUGGUUUCUGUGCACUUGUCCAAACAUCAAGGUUUGCUCAUCAAGUCAAUCAAUACCUUGACUGCUGCUAUUUCCCACCUUAUAUACAUCUACUGCAGUAACUUUGACACUGAUUUUCAAAUCGCUGAUGUUGGUGCCACAGAAACUGUAUCUGUGGCUCAGGCGCAGAUGAUCAGUGCAGAUUUCAGCUUCAAUAUUUAUGCUGUGCACAGAAUCCCCAGUGUCUGGGCUAACAGCUAUGAGAACUUAUUUGUUUCUUGUUCAUUAAAAUACGGAGGCAUCGAAUUGUGUCCAGUGAUUAAAACGGAAGAAACCUGCAUCACAAAACCUUUUCUUUUCCACUUGGCUAGAUGGAACCAGAGAAUAUGCAUGCCCAUUGAGAUUCGGAAAUUGCCCUGUGAGGCAACACUCAGUCUGGAAUUGCAUGGAUAUCGUAUAGCCACUGGCAACCAUUCUGACAGCAACAAGAUCUCCAAAAAUGUUGAAACCUUAGCAAGUGCAUCCAUGGCUCUCUACAGCUCUCAGCAAGUAUUGGUCCACAGCACGAAACUGUUGUGUCUUGUCCAACCUAACGCCAGCCAUGCAGACACAUUAAUCUUACAGAUAGAUUUCCCAGACACUCACCGAGUCAAGUUUUCUCGGCCUGUUCCUGCGACGUGCAGCCAGUAUGUCAAUGAUCUAGAUGAAGUGUCCAGAAAACAGUUGGCAGAUAUCCAGCAAAAACAUUCCUUUCUUUUGAUUGAAGAAAAUGAGAAAAACUUGCUCUGGGCAAAACGUUCAUUCUGUAACAGCACGAACUGCUUCCUUCCUCUCUUACUGGGCUGUGCUCUCAGCAGGGACUCGGUUUCUCUGCCUGAGAUUUAUGCAAUCCUGAGGAGAUGGAGCUUUUCAGAAAACCCUUUGGAGUCACUGGCACUUCUGCUUUCAAGGUUUUCAGAUCAAGAACUUCGUCAGGCAGCAGUCCAGCAGAUUGGAACCAUUCUCAAUGAUGAAUUGUUAGAUUAUCUGCCACAGUUGGUUCAGGCAAUAAAGUUUGAAUGGCACCUUAAUAGCCCACUUGUGGAAUUCCUGCUAGAUCGUUCAAUCAGGAGUAUACGAGUGAGUCAUCAAUUGUAUUGGUUACUGAGGGAUGGCCUGGCAGACACUCAGUUUAAGGGCAGGUACGGCCAGCUGUUGGCAGCACUGCUCUCUUGCUCAGGGCGGGCCAUGCAAAAGGAGUUUGAAAAAGAAACCAAGCUCAUUGAAAAGAUGGCAGAGGUCGCUAAGAAAGUCUGGGCAGCUGACCAGUCAAAGCGGUCGACUGUAUUAGAAAAAGAGCUGGAAGAAAUCGAGAAAUUCUUCUACGAGGAGCACGCUUGUCGCCUGCCAUUGAAUCCUGCUUUUGUAGUGAAAGGCAUUGAUGUUAGUGCUUGUUCCUACUUCACAUCAAAUGCUGUUCCUUUGAAAGUUUCUUUCAUCAAUGCCAACGCCUUGGGGAAAAAUAUCAAUGUGAUAUUUAAGACGGGAGAUGACCUCCGACAGGACAUGCUGGUUCUGCAGAUAGUGAAAUUAAUGGACCGGAUCUGGUGCCAGGAGGGGUUGAACAUGAACAUGAUCAUCUAUAGAUGCAUAUCAACAGGAAGGGGGAAAGGGAUGGUGGAGAUGAUACCUGGUGCUACAACCCUCGCCAAGAUCCACAUGCAAUACGGCAUUACUGGGCCAUUCAAGGAAGACACACUUUCAAAAUGGUUCCAGGCAAACAACCCUACUGAGGAACUACACAUGAAAGCUAUGGAAAACUUCGUCAGCUCCUGUGCCGGCUGGUGUGUGGCUACUUUCGUGCUGGGUAUCUGUGAUCGUCAUAAUGAUAACAUCAUGCUGAAAACCUCAGGCCACUUGUUCCACAUAGACUUUGGAAAGUUUUUGGGGCAUGCUCAGAUGAUUUUAAACAUGAAGAGGGACCGCGUUCCCUUUAUAUUUACUGCUGAAAUGGAGCACUUCAUCACGGAAGGUGGGAAAAAUGGGGCUCAGUUCCAGAGGUUUGUGGACUUGAGCUGUCAGGCUUACAACAUUGUCCGUCAUCAUACUCAGCUCCUGAUGAAUCUGCUUGAGCUGAUGCUGUCAGCUGGACUGCCUGAGCUGACUGAGGUCCAGGACCUGAAGUAUGUUUACAACAAUCUGCGGCCGAUGGACUCGGAUGCACAGGCCACCUCGUACUUCACAAGCCUCAUUAAAGAAAGUCUGAAAAGUCUACCAGUGAAAAUUAAUUUUUUCGCCCACAUCAUGGCACAGAAGAAAUUUGCAGGUGCAAAUAUCCAGCCGGUUCUAUCCUUUGCACCAGAAACGUACACGUUACAGACAGACGGUCUCAUAAGGACUGCAUUAGUGUGUGGCUUUGAGAAGAAAAUAGCACCUCAUAAGGAGUAUUUUUACAAGAUUCAAGUGGAACGAGAGGGACAGUGUGAGGCAACCUUCAUUGAAAGAAGUUACAAUCAGUUUGUUGAACUCAACCAUCAGCUUCACUGCUGCUUUCCUGCAUCAGAGUUACCAAGAUUUCCUUACAAGCCUCUGAUAGAAUUGUCUAAGGGAAGGGAAUUGGCGAGGAAAAGAAAGGAUGAACUAAAUACAUAUGUGGGAUAUUUGCUGAACGGAUCACCUCAUGUUGCAACAAGUGAUCUUGUCUAUACUUUUCUUCAUUGUUUUCCAAACAAUGAGAGAGCUUCAGCGUCAUCGUCAUCAGAGGCUGUCUUUCACACUGAGAACUUGUCAGCAAGCACGCAGCUCCGAAUCUCCUGGGCAAACUGCAAGCUGUCUGUGAUGGUGAAGCACAUCAAAAACAUUUUUUUACCAGAUGGUUCUGCACCAGACGCUUACGUGAAGAUCUACCUCUUACCCGAUGCAAAGCGGACGACCAAAAGGAAAACAAAUGUGGUUCCGAAAAACAGCAAUCCAACAUAUAAUGAGAUUUUGGAGUAUGCUGGGAUCUCAAGAACUGAGCUACCAAACCGGGUCAUUCAGCUGAGCGUGUGGUGCAGGCAGAGCCUGCUGGGUGCAGUAAAUAUUCCUCUCAGGGAUGUAAAGCUGGAGGAAGACAAGUGGUAUAAACUGGGCAAUUGUUUAAUCUGACGGCAGAAAGGUGAGCAGUCGUCAGGCACAGAACUUCCUCUGUUGAAAAUCAGUUUGUGCCAUUCUUGAAGCCUAUUCUACUUGAUGUUUUCUUCUGUGUUUGAUGGUGAUUGCCACCUUAGGACGUUUAAAGGAAACCUGCGACACAGUAUAAGUAUUUAUAUAUCACCUGUACAGCUGUUAGCAGAUCUAAGUUAAAGCCUGUGGUAAACCAGUAUGCUGUACUUAAUUACUGAUUUCCAACUAAGAUUUUCAAAGAGAUGAAGAAUGCUCCAUCUCUUUUUUUCAAACCAUUGAAAGCAUUAAACUUCAUGGUGAAGUGUCAUAGAUCUAUGAAGUUUAUUGUCUACAUAAAAGGUUCAAAACUUUAUGUCAAUGUUUUAGUGUACUGUGGUGUGUUCUUUUAAUUCUCUUAAUUUACUUGGUGGAAGAUGGGUUAAUUUUGAGUAUGUGUAGUUAUAGCCCUUCAGUGGCUUGUAUUAUGUCUCCUGUAGUCCUCAAUUUAUUCAUUUAACUUCAAUGACAAUAAAUAGUGGAGAUUUUAAA